UGCCCGUGUACCCUCCUCUCUAAUCUAAAAUCUAGUAGGCGGUAGGCGUAUCGGAUGCGCAUAUGUGUACAAUAUAAAUAUGUAUAUUUUAUAUUGUUGUUUAUUUCAUUAUUUGUUGAACAAUACAUAAUAUAACUAUUUAAUUAUCGUGUUUUAAGAUUUAAACAAUUUCUAUAAUUGCAAUCAAUGUGUUUAAAAUGAGUGCCAGCAUGCAGCAUAGCAGAAAUCGAUCAAGGACUCCAGAUGACUAUUCCAGAAGAAGUUUAUUGAGUAAAGUAGACAGAAGACACCUCCAAAGAUUGCGCGUCGCAAUCAAAAGGUCUGGCUUGGGCCCAGAAGGACCUGGGUUACCCUUGGAACGAGAAAUUGAAGACUACAAACAAAUAAGUUUACUUGUCCACGUUCGAAGAGGUCCAGGUCCGCAGCCUAGGGUGCCAAUUUUCAGUGGCAACAUAAAGGUCAAUCAAGACCUUUGCGAGGACAGAACUGUUUUUACGCACGAUAGAAACAAAAGGAGGUCUAGAUCUAGAAGUAGGAGCAGAAGCUACAAUGAUAAUAGACGUAGCAGAAGCAAGGAUAGGUAUAGGAGGAGAAGUAAGGAAAGAGCUAGGGAUAGAAGCAGAAGUCGGUCUAGACGCAAAAGUAAGAGCAGCGACAGAUCCAAAAGAUACAGAGAUAGAGAUUAUUCGCCUGAAAAAUCAAGAAGAUCUAGAUCUAGAUCUAGAUCUAGAAGGUCUAGAACUAAAAGACCCACUCAGCAUAAAGAAAGAUCUUUAACUCCAUUGAGGCCUGGAGAAUAUCGUCCCGGCCAUCCAGAUUUGGCUUUGAGGAAGCGGAAAAAACUGUCUAGGUCUCGGUCCAGGUCUAGAAGUAGAAGUACAACUAGAAGUAGAAGCAGAAGUAGAAGUCCCAAAUAUUCUACUAGCAGAGAAAGAAGCACAAAACAUAAGUCUUCAACAGCGCCAGUACCAAUUAUGGAAUAUGAUUAUUAUGGGAAUUAUGGUCCUAUGCCUAUGAAUCCUAUGGCACCAUACAGACAAGUAACUCCAGGUUGCUAUCCUCCGAUGUAUGCUCCGCCAAUGAUGAUGCAGCGUAUGCCGAUGCCAGGUUAUCCUCAUCCGCGAAUGCCGAUGUUCAGACAGCGUCUUCCCAUUUACAACAGCAGGAAAUCGACUAAUGUCACGAUUACCACUCAAGAAGUGGAAAAAGCGAGUGAGGGUAUUGUGGAAGAGGUCAGUGAAAAACCUAAAGGGGCAAAUUCCAUGGAAAUCACUUCUAGUAAUCAGCAAUGCGAAUCUGAUGCGGGAGCUUCAGGUAACUGUGCUUCUGAUGCUGUUAGGGUGUGACAUGUUUUUGUUUUUUAUUGAACUGGAGUAAUCUGUCUUCACUCUUUAUAAAAAAUAUAUUUUUUUAUAAAAUAAGACAUGUUUUACUCCAGCUCAUUAACUAUUUUCUUCCCUGUGCGAUAUGGAAUAUUAUUUUUCAUUUUUGUUGUGUAAGUUUAUUAGGAUUUCUAUAGUUUAGUUUACUCUGUAAAUAGUUUAUUGAAUAUUAUAUUUGAUUUAUGCCUUUUGCCUAGA